AUGUGGAACAAAGAAGAAAUAGAUAAUACUAGCAAAUAUGCCGAGUUCUUAAGUGAGCAUAUUCCAUCUAGAAGAAAAGAUGAAAAGGAUUUCAUAAGUGAAUCGACAUUCUAUGAAAUAAUAUCAUAUUUGCCAAAUU